GGCUGUGUGUAUGUAUGUGAGCGAGAGAGAGAAUAUGCUGUUUAGUGGACUGAAUGUUUGGUCUUCAGUUGUGACUUGAAAUAUUGAGAGAGAGAGAGAGAGAGAGAGAGAGAGAGAGAGAGCUGCUGUUUGAGAGGGGAAGUGGGGGGAGUGUUUGUCUGUUAAUUUUUUCCUGGACUAGGAAUCUGGUCAGAGCCUCUGGCUGCCUCAUUACAGCUAAAUGACCGCCAACCUUCACUCAUGUGAGCGCUGAAGCCGUUAGGGUCCUGAUAAAGACUGACCACUCACUGCAGACACAGACCUCAUGGUUGUCCUUUGACUCGAGACGUUUACUGGUGGUUUAAACCUGAACUUCAUCUUGAACCUGAAGCUGAACAGUCUUGGAUUGGAUUCAACUCAGAAUAUUUGUUUUACUGUGAGAACAUCUGGAGUUGUCAAGUGUUCAGGCGCAGUGUACCAGUGAUCCGUCCCCACUCUUGGCACCUGGCAAAGCUGUCAGAGGCACCCUGCACUACGGGCACUGGUGACCCCUCAGAUGGCCCCUCGGCUAUGCAGCUCCACUUCACGCCUCUCAGUGUACCGUGGCACUCUGGAGGUGACAACAGUGAGCUGUCCAUGCAGUGGGGCCAUAUCACCAGGCACUACAGCACAGACCGCAGCAGCUCAAUAGGGAGUAUGGAGAGUCUAGAGAAUCCUCCCAACCAGGGUUACUAUGACAGUCAGCUCUCUCCCAUCGAUCCUGUCAUCUUCAACAACAAACGUGACUCUGCUUACAGCUCAUUCUCAGCCAGCUCAAACACAUCUGAUUACACUGUUCCUGUCAAGCCUGAGGAGACCAACUCCAUGGACAACCUCCUCCAGGGUCUGGGUUCUUCCUGCAGGUAUCCAGACGGAGGCCAACAUUCUGCCCCCAGUGGCGUUGGAAACCAGCAGGCAGAGCAUCAACGCUCCAAGAUACUGUCUGACAGAACUGAGGCUAAAGUCCGACCAUCGUCCUAUAGCUGCGAGGAGGAACACUGUGCACCACCGCAGCCACCCAUGAGGAAGGAUAGCUUUAGGGCUACUAGAGGCCAACCAACAGAUAAACGUUGUGUGUCUGCUCCUUUAGGCCUCCCAAGUGUAAGUGGCUGCAUGGUUGAAGAUCAACCCCAAAUCCAGGAAGUUUUGACAGGCAAUGUUUAUUUGAACGGAGAACAAGACAACGAGCAAGAAUGUAAAGGGUGCACCACUGAAACGUAUUAUACCUUAAACUCUCAGAGAGACUCAGGUGGAGAUUUCAAAGCAACUGUCAGUGAGAAAAAACACUUUGAGAACUGUUCAAAAUCUGUAAUGGCACCUUCACCUCCUCUGAGUCCCUUUUCACAAAGGAAUAUGGAUGAGAACUUUGAUACCCAACUUCAACCAGAACGUAAUCUUCACUCAGCAAUGCACAGACACAGUGCACCUGAGAAACUUCUAGCUUCUCAGCUGUGUAUGAUGGAUAUUUCUGGUGACAAAAGUGAUCAUCGUGCAUCUCCAACUUGCCAGUGGUCACAGUCUCCUCUUUAUCUGAGCGAUACUAGUCCAAAUAGUUCUCAGGGCAAGUGGGGAGCAAGCCGAUGUUCCACGCCCGGUUCGGUGGCAACUUCCGAACUUGAGGAUCCCAGGGUAGAGGAGGAACCUCUUGAUUCUGGACAGAAUCUGUGGGGGCAGCCCGGAAAUCCCAUGGGGAAUGGAUUCUCCACCACUAACUUUCAGACCAAUGAGAAGAACAUUGGUUCUGUAGAUGUGGACACUCACCUAAAUGAGAAUGGAGGAGAAGUGAGGGUGGACAAUGGUAAUGCCACAAAGCAGUCGCAGAAACGGCAGUUUCGUAGUUCCAAGUCGCGUCGCAGAAAUGAGCGUUUUGCCACCAACCUCAGAAAUGAGAUCCAAAGGAAGAAGGCCCAGCUGCAGAAGAGUAGAAACCCUUGUGGUGAAGAGACCGUGGAAGAAGAGGUUGCAGAUCUCAACACAGAGGCAGUAGCUCCUCCAGAGUACCAUCAGCCCAGACCCCAAACCCUCCCAAGUCCUCUUACCAAUCCACCCACUGCCUCUGUGCAAAUAUCCAAACAGAUACCUCAACAAGUUCUUGAUACCACACAAGCUGAGGAACAUUCCAGCAUCAGGGUUGUGUGCGUCCAGUCAUCUCAGACCCAAACUCAGAUCCCUCAACAUGCCAGACAAGUAUGUGUGCAUGUGGUGGAGGAGAUAGCACCUGCAGGUAAACCACGUCGAUGGCGUUGGACACCAGAACACAAGCUUCAACUUGAAACUGAGACCUCUGAGAGUAAGGAGAGAAAGGAGGCUACCGGACAGAUGUGGUCUGGAAAAAUGGUAUCAACAAGAGGGAGAACAAGUUCUUCCAGCAGUCGUUUAGGUCGAUCAGAUGAGUGUGACAUCCCUCCCUUUGCAGACCGCAGGAGGUUUUUUGAGGAGACUAGCAGGAAGUUGAGUCAGUCUGUAACAAACUUAUCGAGUCUGACAAGUCGAAAUCAGAGACUAGACAAGCCGGGUAGGCUGAACCAUCUAUCCUCACCUGAACCUAUUGAGAUGGCCUCUAACCUGGGCCGGAGAAGGUUUUCGUAUCAAGAUGUGCCCUAUGUCAACUCACUGGACACUGGGAGACAGUUUAUGAGUACCCAAAAGGACCAAGAAAAAAUGAUGGAGAGAGAGCAUGAGAAGGAGAAAGUUAAGGAGCAAGAGAAGCUUAGAGAACAAGAGAAGCUUAGAGAACAAGAGAAGCUUAGAGAACAAGAUAGGGAGAAGGAAAGAUUAAGGAAAGAGAGGGAAAAAGAGCAACAAAUGGUGAAGGACUGGGAGGAGAGGCAGAGGCUGCUUCAGAGAGAACAAGAACGGGAGUCUGGGAGAGAAACUGUUCGCUCUGAACACAAUAUGAACAGUGACACAGUUCCUCAGUCUUUGUCUCAUGACACCUAUCGGAAGCAGCCGCCCACACCUCAGGUUCCUUCCUCCCUGCAGUCCUCUGAGCAUUUCUAUAGCAACGCUACCACUAACAUCCAAAAGCCUUGCUCAGCGUUCCACCCAGUGACCACCCAGCACAAUCAGUAUGAUGGCUACCACGUAAAUCCACCCUACAAGGCCAGGAGCUACACCUCAACUGAGGCCCAUCCUGUGCAGGGACAGGAACAAACAAAAAAAUUAAACCGAAACUACAGCUUAACAGAUAGGGACUACCCAAAGUGUAAGAGAGGGGCUGUUGUUCCCAACUUCAUGGGUCAAGGUGGCAACAGCAUUACAGGUGGCUGCACUGAGGAGCAUCUUUUUUCACCCCUUAAAAACCGUGCUAUGUCAGAGAACGACAUUCGCAUGGAGACAGAAAAUGUUCCUAAUCACAUUUCAAACACCAAUGUUGGCAGAAUGCGUGCGUCCACUCUUAGCGACCUUGAUGAGAAUGGAGUAUGUGUCGGUGAAGUAAAGAAGAAAAAAGGGCCUCCGCCACCUCGUCCACCGCCCCCAAAAUGGGAGCAGUUUCACAAGAGGCGGGCAUCCCACCACAACCUCUUCUCCUCCCCGCCACUCUAUUCCUCUCCCUCUUCCUCUUCCUCUCCACCUCGGCCACCGCCGUGCACAUCCCGGCCCCCCAGCGUGCCUGAAAUGACACGUCAGCGUUCCUAUAGUCUUCCUCCAAGGGAGGUUUCAGAGAGCCAUCACUGCUGCAGUCAAGAGUACUCGGUGGCUCCCCCCAGCCCUGCUUUUACACGUCGGGCUUUUAAACCUGUAGCCCUGCCCCCAAGAGAGAGAGACAUAAACCUUCAGAACUAUGACAUGAGGAGAGAACUUCAUCAAUUUUUGCCGCAUCCUGAACCAUGCACAAGAAUACCUGUCCAUACUGCUGCAGCGUCAGAUGAGCCUAGAGUCACACUGGUGAAGCCCAUGUUUCCUGAGCAUCGAGUUCAAUGGGACCGGUCCAGUUCUCAUUACCCUGCACAGGGCACUACCAGGUCUCUUGAAAUCCCAGAAAACAGCUUGUCAGUUGGGCCCGUGUAUCCAGAAUCCUACUUCUCCAUGAACAAUUACCACUUGCAGCCCCAUCAAGCAGGCUUCCCCGAAACAGCCCACAAAAACCAGAUUAUUUCCUCCCGCAGUCCCAGCAGUGUUGAAGAUGGAAACCUGCCUCUGGAGACAGACAUCGAUGAGAUCUGUGAGGAUGAGCGAGCUGGAGAAGUUCAGAGGCGGGAAGGAGAGGACAGGAUGGAGAUGCAGGGUUUUGCUCGGCCUGUUAUGGUGCUGGAGACGGACAUUGACAACAUGCCUGAGCAAGGGGCUCCAUCGGCAAGAAGCAUUAGAGGGCCGAGGAGCUCCCUGGUGGACUCCAUUCUGGAGGAUGAUUAUGGUAUAUCUAGGAAUGAGUUGAUUGGAGAGUUCUUUCCACACAGUGUAAAUACAGAGAUAGGUGGAGAGAGCUGGAGAGGGGGCUACCCAAUCAGUGGAUCAACACUAGAGAGGCCCUCUAGAAUGGGAACAUCCACAGCACAAGUCUCACGAUCAACCUGUUAUGACACAUCAGCUGAAAACGUGCAACUUCUUGCCAAGAUUCGAGAGAUCUCAGAGAGGAAAGAGGAGGAGGAAGAACUCAAUUAUAAGAAGCAGCUGAUGGAGAGCCUUCGUAAAAAGCUGGGUGUCCUGCGUGAGGCACAGAGAGGCCUGCAAGAGGAUAUUCGGGCCAACACUCAGCUGGGAGAGGAGGUGGAGAGCCUGGUGCUUGCUAUCUGCAAGCCCAAUGAGGUGGACAAAUAUCGUAUGUUCAUCGGUGACCUAGACAAAGUGACCAGCCUGCUGCUGUCACUUUCUGGAAGGCUGAUUCGAGUGGAAAGCGCCUUGGACUGUGUUGACCCAGAGACCGGCCACCACGAGAGGCUACAACUUCUGGAAAAGAAGAAGCAGCUGCUGGUGCAGAUGGGAGAGGCUCAGGAGCUCAAGGAACAUGUGGACCGGCGUGAGCAGGCUGUGGGCAGGGUGCUGGGAUGUUGCCUGACCCCAGAACAGAUGCGUGACUACAGUCACUUUGUGAAGAUGAAAGCGGCCCUACUAGUAGAGCAGAGGCAACUGGAUGACAAGAUCAGGCUCGGCGAGGAGCAGCUCAGGGGACUUCGAGAGAGCCUCGGCCUGGGGCUGGGGGUCGGUCUGGGGUACGGGCAUUACUGAGAAGUGCUUUAAAUAAUAGACAUUAUUUUAAGAUUACUGUUUCUAUGUCUAACAGGAUUCGAAUUGGACUUUGUACUGAAAAGACAUUGUACUGCAGUAUGUUUCAAAGAAUGGACAUUGCAUUGAUUUAACAACUGAGUACAGAAGAGCACAACUACCACAGAAUGAUGUUAAAUUUGAAAACACUACAUCACUACUUGAAGUUGUCUGUUAGGACUUCAGCUGCACUAAUAAACGUUCAGUAAAGUUUGCGCUUACUCAGUUAACCUCAGUCACCGCCAAAGAACGCAUGUGUGCGUAUGCUUCUCAUUGAAUACAGCAGGGGGAGUGUCCAUGCACUGCUAUUUAUUUAUUUAUGUGUGUAUAUAAUCAUACACACAAUAUAUAUAUAUCCCUGUCAGUAAAUUAGAGAAACCUGGAUUCAAGGUCACAUUGCUUUAACACCAAUUUACAGCCUUACUCUGCUGCAUGUAUCUGAUUUCUUUCCACUCUUUGGCAUGAUAAACAUUGUUUCGUUUAAAAUGUUUUGUGAAGUAUUUGUAUGUACAUUGAAAAUGUGUACAUAGUGGAUGCUAAAGUGCGUCUUUAAGUCACAGAAGUUUCAUUCUGUCAUAACUGGAACUUUUCUUAAAUGAAACAUUGUGACCUGUUAUCGCAGUGUUUUCAAGAAGUGACCUUUUUUUGUACUUAAAUUUCAUAUUUAGUAUGCCUUAUAGUACUUGUUACACUUUUCUCGGAUAAUUAUUAUUGCCAAAGAUAAAGUUUGUCUUUGUGAACAUUAGAAGAUAAAUGUGCUGUGCCUGUUUUGAGGAAUGACAUGCAGAAAUGUUUUGAGAAAACCAGCCUUGCCUUACCAAAGCCCUUAUAUAGACGUGUUUCCUUUGAAUAAGAGUUUUUAGUUAAAUGAGAUGCACUGUGUUUAACCUUACGUAUCAUCUCACACGCUGACAUGGCAACUUUUGAGGCGAUUGCUACUAGAUUUCCUUAUCUUUUUGAGAAACUGGACAUUUCUCUAAAAGGAAGGAGAAUGCUGCUUCAUUGACCAUUUACCGCCUUGAAAGUCUUUAUUUUAUUUUUUUUUGCAAAACAAAGGAACAUGAGAUGAAGAUUAAGGAAAGAUUAAGAAGCGAGAUAUAUAGUUGAUUUGUAUUUGAAGGGUUUGCUGUAUAGGAAUGAAGAAUGAAUGUAAGUAUUUGGUUUCAAAAAUGCAGAUCAAGAAGGCAAAUGUGCCUUAGUGCUUAUUUUUGCUGUUUUAAUUUUUGCUUUACUUUGUAUAAACGUUAUAGUUUAUUUACUAUAAACUCUUGUUCAUUUGUUGUAUCAUACAUUGUAAACAGCUUAGCGCUGGAGAUGAAAGGAAAUAUUUGGUCUAUUGAUAAUUUCAUCCUGUUUUUUUUUGUUUUUUUUUGUUUUUUUGAUUGAAAAGAUUCAUUGUAAAACGUGUACAAUUAAAAAUAUCUUAUCAGGG